CCGCACACCGGCGGCUCCGCUGCCCCACGGUCGGCCGCACUCCGCUGAACAACAAUGCUCAAAAACACACCGUGACUCAACGCAACCCAGCACGACGCGGUCGGCGAUGCUCGAGGGCCGGACGGCACGCGCGGCCGUCGGCGACCGGUCGUGAACACAGUUCGAUAUAUGAAAACCAAAAAAAUAUUGAAUUGUAGACCGAUCGUGUUCGAUAGAUCCCUGUAGAAAGACGAGAGUGCGGCGUAGAGAGGCGGGGGUCGGUGCGGUGCGGAUCGGGGCGAGUGAUGGCGCGGCGCGGCGAGCUCGCGGCGGCGGCGGCGCGCGGCGCGGUGGCGUCGCAGCGCUGACAUGGGCGGGCGGGCGCGCCGCUCGCUGUUGGCGGCGCCCGCAGGCCUGCUGCUGCUACUGGGCCUGCUGUGGCCGAGGGGGGUACGCGGGGGCUACCACGAGAAGCGGUUAUUGCACCACCUAUUGGACCACUACAACGUGCUGGAGAGGCCCGUGGUCAACGAGAGCGACCCGCUGCAGCUCUCCUUCGGCCUCACGCUCAUGCAGAUCAUUGACGUGGACGAAAAGAACCAACUUCUUAUAACUAACAUCUGGCUGAAACUAGAAUGGAAUGACAUGAACUUAAGGUGGAACAUAUCAGACUUUGGCGGGGUUAAAGAUUUAAGAGUACCACCUCACAGGCUAUGGAAACCAGACGUCCUUAUGUACAACAGUGCCGACGAAGGCUUCGACAGCACGUACCCAACGAACGUGGUGGUACGCAACAAUGGCUCGUGCCUAUACGUACCACCGGGCAUCUUCAAGAGUACAUGUAAAAUUGACAUCACCUGGUUUCCCUUCGACGACCAGCGAUGCGAGAUGAAGUUCGGCAGUUGGACUUACGAUGGCUACCAAUUAGACCUGCAACUACAAGACGAAGCAGGAGGAGAUAUAAGUAGUUUUGUCACGAAUGGAGAGUGGGAGUUGAUUGGAGUACCCGGCAAACGAAAUGAGAUUUACUACAACUGUUGCCCGGAGCCUUAUAUAGACAUCACGUUCGCCGUGGUGAUCAGACGGAAAACGCUGUAUUAUUUCUUUAAUCUCAUCGUUCCGUGUGUGCUGAUCGCCUCCAUGGCGCUUCUCGGGUUCACAUUACCACCUGACUCCGGGGAAAAACUCUCAUUAGGUGUGACGAUUUUGCUGUCGCUGACGGUGUUUUUGAACAUGGUGGCGGAGACGAUGCCCGCCACGUCGGACGCAGUUCCACUGCUGGGCACGUACUUCAACUGCAUCAUGUUCAUGGUGGCCUCGUCCGUCGUCUCCACCAUCCUUAUCCUCAACUACCACCACCGUCACGCAGACACGCACGAAAUGAGUGACUGGAUUCGCUGCGUAUUCCUGUACUGGCUCCCAUGGAUUCUGCGAAUGUCACGGCCGGGCUCGGCGACGACGCCGCCACCAGCCCGUGCGCCACCACCACCAGACUUAGAGCUACGCGAACGCUCCUCCAAGUCGCUCCUAGCUAACGUGCUCGACAUCGAUGACGACUUCCGGCACGCGCACUCGCAGCAACCGCCUUGCUGCCGAUACUACAGGUCCCUCGACGAUCUACACGAACACUACUCGCCGGGGGGCGAGGAGAACGGCGCGGGUCUUGCAGCACACAGUUGUUUUGGUGUCGACUAUGAGCUCUCUCUCAUACUCAAAGAGCUCCGAGUCAUCACAGAUCAGAUGCGCAAAGAGGAUGAAGAGGCGGACAUUUCGCGCGACUGGAAGUUCGCCGCCAUGGUCGUGGACAGACUGUGCCUUAUUAUCUUUACCCUGUUCACAAUCAUUGCCACGCUAGCCGUGCUGCUGUCCGCGCCACACAUCAUGGUGUCGUAGCGACCUGCCCGCUUGCGGCUGCGCAUGUGUAACGUUCUGUGAUACCGCAAAUACUUGUUAAGUUGUGAUGUGCGAAGAGGCGCGGGCGCUGACGCCGCGGCGCUGGAGUUGCCGCCGCCUGCCUCGUCGCUCGUGCCCCCCUGUAGAAAUAAGUUACCGCAGACUGCCAUCCCUGUUUGUUCAACCGAUAACUGCCUGUUCGAAUAUGUCCUCUGACCUUUUGACAUCUUCAGCGAAACGUACAAUUAUCUUCACGCAACAUCAAAAACGGUCGUCAUGCUUCCUCAGAGAAUCCAGAGAGCGCCUAAGAGCCAUAUUCUCAGAAAAUGAUGAGCGGAUUCGAACGGACGUCCCGUUCCUGGAACACUGAACUCAUAUCUAGACAAUGUAUACAUUAGUCUAUAGUCACAGGUGAACCGCUGGUCAUGCUUUUAGAGGUCCAUGCUAGAGUAGUUGACGUUUAUAUAAUGGCUAUCGGUCAGCCAAAUUGAGACCGAGAAUGAAAUAUUAGCACAAAAACGUCUUCCUUCAUACCGACUAACGACCUGAUUCGCGUUUAAAUUUAAACUUUGGUUCAAGUUUCUUCGAUUCAUAAAUGUUAUUAGAGUUUGGGCCAGUGAUGAAGCCCUAAGUUCUCCUCUUGUUCGAUUCUAUGAAUCGUGGUUAUGGUCCCUGAGUUUAUUUUCAGAUAUAUUUGUGUCAUAGGUAGUAUAGAAGUUUACAAACAAUGUUGAUUCAAUUGGUACAGGUUGUGAUAUGCCUCGUUGUGAACGGGUCGAUAUUGUUAUAAAUGGUAAAAUAUCCAUGGCUAUAGCUUAAUAAAAAGUUCGUUAAAACUCGUAGUUAAUCAAAAUAUUAUUUUAAUAAAGACUUACCCAGGUCUUACGGAACAACUUAUACAAAUAAUAAUUAAAUUACGUAAUAAUAACAUGUUUGUACUUCUUUCCGUACAGUUACAAUAAUUAAUACGGUGAAAAUAUUAUAAAUAUUUACGAAAAUUUUCUUCUUCUAAAAAUUUGCUGAAAUAAAAAUCUUUCAACCCCCUACAUAUUAUAUAAAUAUUUUAUAUCAUAGCCACUUUCACAUCAUCAAAAUUUGAUAUACUUAUUAAAAUAUUAUUGUAAUAUCGACGUCGCAUUGGGAAAUAUAAAAGUUUAUCGGUAUACUUUCCUAGUGACAGCAUUCUCCAAUAAAACCGACAAUUACGUAUCCGGAACAUAUUAUGGUAUAUUACCGCUCGUCAACUACCAUUAAAAUUAGUAUAAUUUUCAUUGUUAUCAUGGGUUCGAAGGGAUGUUUAUGAGAAACAUACUCAAUCUGUAUUAAUAUUUUUUAAUUAGUUUCUAUAAGUAUAGUGAAUCUUUUAAAAGGAAAACGUCCCGAAGUUAGGACGAAUGCGUGGAUACAUGCGAACUGAAGUGUACUCUCGCAAAUCGCCUGCAAAUGUUUUCCUUUUUUAAGGUGCCAACAAUAAUCGUAGACGGUCCUUUGGAAGUUGCGGAGCGACUAUGAUUAUGCCAAACCAUUUUCUAUCAUCUUUCUUGGUUGUUCAACCACUGGUUAGCGGUUGUGUGACGACCCGACGGUAAGGCCGCGCACCACCCUGUCUUUACUGGGGUACGACUGUUUUUCAACACAAAGUUUUGUACGGUUACUUUCCGUCAUAAAUGGGACAAUUGUAAUGUCUCCAAGAUUUGUUCAAUUGUUAGGGUUAAAACUCUGAAUUGCACUUUGUUUAUUAAAUAUAAACGAAUGAAACAAUA